CCUGCCAUAGGGCCCGGCCUAUUGGAUCAAGACCAAAUGUUCAUCCACAAACAUAUGGGAUACCCUAGGUCUUGACCUGUAACCAUGGGACCAAGUGCUCUUCCCGGCGCUAAGGCUGCGCUGCUGGUGCAGCCAGCGGCCGCUGUGCGUAGAGGCAGGUGAUAAAACCGAGCAAAGUCUCCCUGGGUGUUGCAUUUUUUUGUCAUAUGCCAUGGUAAACAGAUUCACAUUCCAUGGUAACUUUGCAUCGCCCAUCGGUCCAUUGGGAGCUGUUCAAUUCUACUGAGGAACCCGCCAAAAAGUCAGAGCUGUUCAAGCACGCGGCACUGCACACUUGCAUGAAGUCUGCAGCUCCUGCGGCGUUGCAGGGAUGAACACCUUGGAGACGUCCAAAUACUGUGGCGAGCUGCAGCAGCAGUGUCAGUGUUGCAAGGAGAAGGUACAGAGAAAAUACAAAGAGAUUUGCUCUGGAUUUAUGGGCUUCGGUGGCUGUGUUGAGGGCAUCAAGGCUGCCAUGGAGGCAAAAGAGAAGGAAUGCAAAAAGAAGAAAGAACUCGCAGACUACCAACGAGAGCAGCAAAAACAGGAGAUCGAAAAAGCUUCAGGAAUGGACAUUUUUGACCUCCACGCAUUUGAGGUGAAAGUGAGAAGUAGAAAAGGGAUCGACACUCCGUACCAUGAUGAGUGCGCUAGCUACAACGCGCCCAACUGCAGUGCUGCGCCCCUCUGCGCCUUCGGCGGCUGCGACCGGACCUUGUGGACCUUGACUGCGGACUUGAACGAAGUGGAAGACUGGCUGGGCAUGCUGAAAAUGCUGCCAUGCAUUUGAGGAGUCCUCGUGCUGAGCAGAAAA